AUCUCUCACCUUCAAUAUCUUUUCUUCCUCCUUGCCUCAUACCCGUCUGAAUCGGGCUUGAACCUUCUCCACGGUCUGUCACUACUCAAAGGUACUAUAUCGAGAUAACGGUCGUGUCCACUGUCUAGUCGAAUCCUGUGAUUAUUGAUCCACUGUCGCUAUGUUCAAGACCACUAAUCAGACUGUAGUUCACGGAGAGGCGAUCGGUGGAUAUCUUUGGUUCUCCCUCAAUCUCUCUACUCGGAUCAUAUCAUUCUGAUCCCCGCCACCAUGUUAUCUCGCUAUCUGCUCGGGCUCGCCCUGUCGGCCGCCGUCUGCGCCCAGACAUGCUACUACCCCGACAAGAAAACCGUCGCCAAAGGCUACUCCCCCUGCUUCUCGGGCGAUCAACCCUCCCACUGCUGCUCCGAACGCUCCGUCUGCUUGACAAAUGGAUUCUGCAUGGAUAUGUCCCCGCCCUACACCCUGGCCCGCGGCGCCUGCACCGAUCAAAACUGGGACGGCGGUUCGUGUGAAGAUCCCUGCUGGCCCGUGGUCGGUUCGCGAACCGGUGGCUGUUCCAUCGUCCUCUACAACAACCGCGAUGGCGUCUCCACCUACUGUCCCAACUCCAUCGUCGCCAAUUCCAGCCACAGCAUCGGCUGCGCCGGCGAGGCCGAGCCCAUCACCAUCAAACCGGGCGAUAUCAUCACCGACCGCGGCGUUCUGGCCAAAGCCUCUUGCGCCAAAGACACCAUUGACCCGACUGCCGUCGCCACUCCGCUGCCCUCUCCCACGCCGACGGGCGCGGGCCAAUGCAAGGAGAGCAGCUCCACGCGCGCCGCCAUCGGCGCAGGUGUGGGCGUCCCGCUGGGGGUGAUCGCCAUCUUGGGCCUGUGUUGGGGCCUCUACGAGCGACGAAAGCGAUACCAACUGUUGGGCUCGGCUCAGGGCGUCAUGAUGCAGGAGCAGCAUUAUAACACGGUUCCGGCUAGCACGUCCUCCACCGCCAUGGGAGGGGUCACGCCCAUCUCGAGCCCUGGCUAUAAUCGAAGCGUCAACGUCGCACCUCAAGAGCUGGGAAACGAUGGGUAUAAUAAAUAGGCAGACUCCAUGCUUUGCUUGGUUUUUUCUCUUCUCCUGUAGUGACUGACUGAUGUGAACAAAUCAGCGGGUUUAAUACAUGUAUAUAUAUAAUAUAGUGACGUUUAUCC